AUGGGUAAAAAUUUGAACGUGGUAUGCAUAAUGAUAAUGCUCAUAGCGGUGUUUGUGAUCGGAGGUGAAGCAAAAUCGGAGGCAGAAUGCAGUGUCAUUUGCCGUCCUCACUGCAAAUCUUCAUCAUCAACGGGAGAAUGUUCUGACUGUCACAGAAAGUGUAACCAAUCUCCACCGUCUGUGAAGACAAAGAUUCUGAAGAUUCAAAAGGACAACAAACAAUAUGAGUUACAUAACUAA